CUCCAUUGUUACACGAUGGCUUUCAAAUUCCUAGCUGUUUUUGCCGUUCUGGCCGCUGCCAGCGCCCAGCAUUACGACCCUCAUCACUACCAGCCUCAGCAAUAUCAGCAGCAGCCUCAGCACUAUCAACAGCAGCCUGAGUACCAUCACCAGCCAGCCCUGAUCAAAACCGUCCAGCCAGCCUUCGUCAAGACCAUCCAGCCAGCUCUAGUCAAGACUGUCAAGCACGUCGAAUACCCAGACUCCCCGGCCGAAUACCAGUUCCAGUACUCCGUUCACGAUGAGCACACCGGCGAUAUCAAGAGCCAACAGGAGGAACGCCAUGGCGAUGAUGUUAAGGGACAAUACACCCUGAUUGACGCUGAUGGCUACCAUCGCAUUGUUGACUACACCGCCGAUGAGCAUAAUGGAUUCAACGCCGUUGUCCGUCGUGAACCUCUUGAGGGACACAAGAUCGUCAAGACCAUCGCUCCAGUUGCCAAGAUCGUCGCUCCAGUCCAAGUGGCCAAGGUGUACGCCCCAGUCGCCAAGGUUGUGACCCCAGUCCACCAGUAUAGCCACCCAGAGCCCCAUUAUUCUCACUAUUAGAAGUGCUCUA